AUGGUUCAACUGAACGAUCCAGAUGCUACUAUGAACGUUUUCAAGAGGGCCGCAGAUUUUCCCAGACCAUGUUGGGUCAACGAUGUCCUUGGUGUAUUCGGUCCGAAUAUAUCUUGUGCCGAGGAUGACAUGCUCUGUUAUUGGUCCUCCAAGACUUAUGUCAAAUCCGGCGCUGAGGACAUGCGCACACUCACACUCAACGUGCUUGCCCGUGCUGGGUUCGGCAAGUCGUUCAGAUUUCGGGGCCACGAGGAGGAGAAACCAGUCGAUGAGAUCCGAUCUAUGAGCUAUAGAGUAUCCUUAGGUCUCAUCCUAGAGAAUCUCAUCGUUAUCUUGGCUCUCGGUCCCAAAACGUUGGCAAUUUCUUGCUCGGUAUUGGCUACCUUCCAAGCUGAAGAUCGUAAACGAGGCGCUCGUUUCAUUCCAGACGCAUAUGACCACCAUGUACGAGGAACAGAAGCGGGGCCUGACUCGCUGGAGUGGCGUCCCUCCCGUUGGAUCCGGCCUGGAGCUAAGAAGCCAGGCGACGAGGAAAUCGACAUUAACCGACGCGGUGUCUUCUUGGCAUGGUCCGAGGGCACGCGCGAUUGUCCCGGCAAAAAGUUCUCCCAGGUUGAGUUCGUGGCUCUCAUGGUGGGUCUAUUCAGGCAGUGGCGAGUAGACCCGGUCAAGAAAUACUCGGGCGAGAGCAUCGAGACCGCGCGUAGGCGAGUCUUAGACCUUAUUAGGGAAGACAGUGGUUAG